AUGGCUCCAGGUAUCAUGUCCCCCGUUCCGGGAAAUAUUACCUCCCCUUUCUACAGCAGCUUCCCAGGAAACUCUCGACAAGUCUCGGCAAUGUCCACUGUCUUUGACGGUGACAACCACUCCAACGGAAACCUGUCACGUCCGAGUAAUUCGCGCCGCGAGUCGUUUAUGCCUAAAAAAUUCGGUACGGCUGGGAGCUCUAAACUCUCUGUUGUGGUCCAGGGACUUCAACGCAAGAGCGGUGCGGAAUUGGGCGUCAACUCAUCCUCUACCCUUUUCAACACCGAUCAUGCCACCAUUUUGGAAUGGAUUGCCACAGAGCGUAUGAGCCACCUGCCUCCCGAGGGAAGUAGUUACGACAAGGUGCUUGCUUGGGCCCAGCUCUUCGUUGAGCGUUUGCACUCCUUUGACGUUGCUAUUCGAGACUUCGAGGGUGGCAGCUGGCUCGCCGCUCAACUAUCUUACGGCUACUGUGCUAUGCUACUUGAGCUUGGAAAGGAGAAUGCACCGGCCUUGAUGGCUUCCUUUGGAUUUUUCUAUAGCACUUCCUCUGCUUUAGUCAACCUCCUUGAACGGACUGAGCUGUUCGCUGUCUCCCAGGAGAUCAAGGAUCAGCUAGUUGAGGCCUUGGCUGAUCUCGUCUCUUUGGUCGCCGGUGUCUCCACACACUUCCACCAGUCGAUCUACGCAUUGACCGAGGGCUCCAUCUCUAUCAAUAUCUAUGAGACCUUCACUGGUCAGAUCGAGUCAUUCCGUGAACGCUGUGCUAAGAUUUCGGACUCUAUGUGGCGGCACCAACUCGUCAACGAGAGCAAGGAUCCUGAGCUCGUUCAUGUCGUCAAGUCGGUUCGCACCUGGCUCUCUCCCGAGGAUCGCGUUCUCAGCCACCUCGCCGAAAACACCUCCCACCUGGCCCACGAUCGCGAGGAGAUGACAUGUCUCUGGAUGAACCCAUACUUGACCCGUUUCCUGAAGAGUGAUAAUCAUGCUCUUGCCUUUACUGGUGCCCCUGGAUCCGGAAAGACAGUGUUAGCUUCUGUCAUCAUCGACCGUCUGCAGGAUCAUAUUGGCGGUGUUGCCUACAAGUCAUUGUUCAUUCCAAUCAACGCCAGAAUUCCAGCUGAGACCACACCUAUCGCGAUUGCCAAGACGAUUCUCUUCCAGCUCUUUGAAAAGCGCAUUGGCAAUGUUCAACUGCUGCAGAUUCUGCAGGAUGCCUAUGACAACAGCAAGAAGACCACCAACGAGAAAGACUACGAGAACAUCAUCUGGCGCGCCCUUGAACAGGCUCUCGGUGCCCCCCUCGCCCGCGCUAAGAAUCUUGUCAUCGUCGUCGAUGGUGUCGAUGAGGCUUCUUGCGGCGAGGCGCCCCUGCUUGAGAAGUUGCUUACCUCUACCUCCAACGGUACUAAUGUCAAGCUGAUUACUCUUGGUACUGAGAAGCCCCAGACUGCCGCCAGCGUGAUGCAGGUUCAUAUUGGCCCCGAGCGCAUUGCAGAUGAUAUCUCCACUGUUGUGCGCAGUCACUUCACUGAAAGCCCAAAGCCCUCCGAGACCAAAUGUUUCCUGUCCAUGGAUGAGAUCGAGCAGGAGACUCUCGUUGAUCAGAUCAGCGAAGCCUCUCGUGGGUCCUUCCUGUGGGCCAAACUCUGCACCAAGCGUGCUCGCCAGGAGCAGACCCCUGAGAACGUCCGCAAGGUUGUUGAAACCCUUGUCAAGGGCAAGCCCACCAUUGCCGACUUCGUUCUGCACGCUAUUCAGGCUCCUGAUGUCACCGAGGACGCAAAGCUGAUGCUGCUUUGGCUGGCUACCGCCGACCGUCCUCUUUUGACCCGUGAGCUUAUCACACUAGCUUCAAUCCAGGUGGAGAAGCAGACUGUGGUCGAGCGCAAGAUUGAUGUUCGCCACGUGUUGAAGCCCUUGAUUUCGCUGGUCUAUAUGCAAGAUGGUCAGGUGUAUCUGCGCCACGGCCUCAUCAGAACCGCAAUUUUGGAUGUAUUCUCCAAGGGGAAGCUGAUUGUUAACAUCAAGGACCGCCACUCUGAUCUUGUUACUCGUCUUCUUGUGUAUAUCAAGCACACCGUUCAUGAGCAGCAUGAGCCUUCUCUCACUCCCCUUGAUGGCCGUGAUGUUAGCUCGCGUAUCAAGGGUAACCCUCUUCUUGACUUUGCCAUUCACUACUGGCUUCGUCACUUGAAACAGACUACCACCUAUACCACCGGUGGUGAUGUCGCCACGGCUAAGGAGUUCGGCAAAAUCUUCCCCGUCAGCGUUACUCUGCUCCUACUACAAAACACUCUUUGGAGUAAUUUCUCUACGCCCACGCUCGUCAGCUACCAAACUACUGUUACUAAUCUGUGCCGUGAGGUUUUGACCACCCAGAACCCUGUGACUCUUCAGUCUAUCAUAUCGUUGGCUCUCUUCUACCGCGAGCUGAACCAAGUCUCCCAAGUCAUUCCUUUGCUAUACGAGAUUACUACUCUCAGCAAGACGCUGCUUAGCACGACACACGUGGUCACCAUGCAGAUGGCUUUGUUGUUCCUCGACUUGACUGUCGACAUGGUCACUACAACCAAGUCCGAGAUCAUGACCAAGCGCGAAGAGUUACUCAUCAUCAUCAUCGAGUGCUACCAGUCCCACUACGGUGAGAAGUCUGAGAAGACUGUCAGCAUUAUGAAAACUCUAGUUGAGCACUAUCGCAUGACAAAGCAAGAGCAGAAGAUCCAGACUUGGACCUUGAAGAUCAAGAGCCUUACCACUACCCAGUAUGAUAGUGAUGAUACUCGUGAUCUCAGCGUUCGCCUCAAGAGCCACAAGCACGAUAUUGGCGACGUUGGUAUACGGUUCUUACUCCAUGCGGAGCAUGAUGAAGUCCAUGAAAGAUCCCUCUCCUUCGAGGGCGAGAUUACGCAGGCCGAGAAGUACACUGCCGAAGGCCGUCUUGACCUUGCGGAGCGAUUGUACAUUGAGCUCUGGCAGCGUGCUACCAAUGAGGAUCACAAGCUGCGUGCUGUUCUUGUUUACAGCAAAUUCCUCAAGAGUCAGAAGCGGGAGUACGAGGCCUCUUCGAUAUUGUCCAGCGUCUGGGAAGAGCACAGGAGCAGUACUCACACUCUUUCUGAGACUUCGACCUCGCACUUCGAGGAGAUCGCCAAGGUCAUGACAACUGUUGGUCUCAGCGUCGCUGCAUUGAGCAUCUUCAAGCACUGCGCGUCUUUCUACCAACGCACCAACCGUUCUUCCUCCUACUCGGAGGUCCAGAAGCACAUUUCGUCUACCUCUCAGCAUGUUAUGCAGCAGGCUAGCUCUUCCUCAUCGAACUUCUCCGAAUCCACUUUGGAAGAGAUCGUAUACGAGGCCUCUAGCACCUUCACGCUUGAUCAGAGCUCCUUUACAGCCACUAGCACUUUGCUGACCCUUUACACCAGGGAGCACCGCUGGAAGGAUGCCACCAGAGUUCUGAAGAAGGUUCUCCUUGGUGUAUGGCCGUCCUUAUUUGCUCCCUCCAUCCAGGAUGUGGUCCUUCCCAAUGAGCACACUGACAAGGCCGUUGAACUCGCCGAGCGCUUGAGUCAGUGCUACCACUACCGCCGUCGCUUCGCCCGCGAGGAGGGUAUCCGCAUCCGCAUGUACCGAGCCGUUCGCAUCGCCCGCCCUGUUGAAGACAAGUUGAGAGAGUCCUCCAAGAACCAGCUGAUCAUCUUCUUUGAGCGUUCCCAUCAGCCCGACCACGUUAUCAGUACUUACCAGGAGGUUCUGGAUGACUACACCAAGCACUACGGCCAAGACCACCCCACUGUGAUCAAGACCCUUUUCACCCUGGCUGAACUUACUCGUCCACGCCCCAUCUUCGUCGAGUACUAUCAGCGCAUCAUUCGUGCCUUGAACAAGGAUUCCCAGGUCAUCAAGCCCGAGGCUUUGGAAUCAAUUAUCAUUGUUGCCAACGAGCUCUGGACCCAAACGCGCUACUCUGACGCUGUCCACUACUUCACUCUUCUCUUCACCACCUUCCUGAGCCAGCCCAAGCAGACCCCGAAGUUCCAGGACGAGACUUUCGUUCAGCAGAUCUUCGACCGCUACACUCACUGCCUGCGCGCAAAUCGCACUGAGUUCAGUUUUAUCCACAAGGUCACAGUUGAAUUCCACAGCAAGGUCAAGACUGUGUUUAGCGCAACCGCUACGAUCACCAUCCAAGCGACUUUGACUCUUGCCAAGGUUUGCCAGGAGACCAAGACUUAUGAGAGUGAUGCCAUCGCGCUCUAUGAGGAACUUCUGAGAAUCAAGGCUGUUGGUGUUGAUCUUGAGGAAAUCGAGGCAACCCUUGACGGUAUCUAUGAGGAGCAGACAGCCACUGCUGUCUCUAAGUCUCAGACUAUCUCCGUCGAGCAGAAGCAGCGUGUCACCAAGAUUCUGCGCAAGCGUAUUGAAUCUACUCGCUCUACCUACGGUUGGGCGCACGAGGAGUCGUUGUCCAAACUACAGGAAGUGAUUACUUUCCACUCCCAGCAGAACGAUACUGAGAGUGUCACUAAGGAGCUGCACGAAUCCACCAAGCAGAUCUUGGCCUCUGAGACUUCUUCUGAGCGUCUGGUUGCUGCCGCCACUACUAUUGCCGCUAGCUAUAUUUCCACCCACCAGUCUCACAAGGCUGUUGAGCUGACCGAGGAGCUCUACCGCCAGAUUGUCAUGAAAGACACAUCCCGCUCCAAGGAAACCCAGCUUGAAGUCUCGUCCAAGGGUCGCCAGAGCCUUGUCUUCCUGGCCCAGCUCCAACAUAGUCUUCAUCAGAGCUCCUCCAGUAUCACCGAGAUUCUCGCCUCGUUGACCACCGAGUAUGUUUACUUCGAGGAGUUCCGCAGCGUCACCAAGUCCAAGAGCAGCUCUUUCCACAGCGUCUCGGUCACAACCACUCGUCUCUACAACUUUUUGCUCUCCAAUAAGCGCCAUGAAGCCGCUAACCAUGUCUUCAAUGAUUUCCAAGCCUACUUUGUUUCUACUGAGGGCAAGCGCUUCAAGUUGACCGAGGCUGCUCAGGUCAAGGUGUUCCUAGUGACCAUCAUUGGCUAUCUGACUCAACACCAUACUUCUAACUUCGUGCGCUCAGUGGGCAUUGCUUCCAACACCAAGGUUCUCGAGCUGCUCCAGGCUAAGAACUACAAUGAUGCCACCAACCUGGCCCUCGCGUCCUUCCGCUACAUCUCAGCCCACGACGUCUACCGGACCCCCGAGAUCGUCAAGUUUGUUUUCACUCUUGGUGUGCUCAUCUCUGGUCACAGCAUCACUCCUCAGCCCGAAGCUGCUGCUCUAAAGAAGCUGCGCGGUGUGUCUGUGCUCAUCCUCCAAGAGGUUCUCCGUGUCAUCGUCGACUUGAAGAUCAACCUAGCCCAGAUCAACCUUGACUACCUGAACAUUCUUAUCGGUCUCCUCGGUGAACAGAAGGACUACAAGAACCUUGUCUGGCUACUCAGCGACCUGUGGAACAGCCGCCACCGUCAAUCCAACUGGACCCCUGCUAUCACGCUGGAUCUGGCACGCCGCUAUAUUCUAGCCCGCUACCUGGUUGGUGACGCCCUCAAGGCUUCUCGUCUUGCCGAAGAUAUCGUGUACAACUGUCGCCGCGUGAAUGGUGCCCGCCACACCAGUACCCUGGAGAUGUCUACCCUCCUGUCACAGCUGUAUACCGCCAUCGCGCAGCGCUACCAAUCCGACAAGAACGGCCAGCACAUGGCGAACAAGUACUACAAGAAGAGUGCUGGUGUUCACGAGUCCCUUCUCCGCGUGUUCGUCGACCCCUCACUGGCAGAGUUCGAGGGUGCCCUCGAUGGCACCUUCAGCAUGGAUGGCUCUGCCUACGACAUCAACAUGCAGGAGCAAGCUUCCGACAACGGAUCCUCCCUCACAACGGCCGAGCACGUCCGUGCGCACUUCCAGCUUUUCAAGCUUUCCGUGCAGCGUCUGGGUGACUGGCCCAAGGAUUUCUCCGAGUAUGAGAGUCUGAAUGCGGCUCUCUUUGCUGAGUUUAAGGAUGAGUUGAAGGGUGUUGAGGGUGUUGAGAAAUGGAACCUGAAGAACUUUGGUGCUGGUAAAGCUUCUGGUUCUGAGGACACUUUAGACCUUCAAAACUUCACUUGGUCUAUUGAUCUUGGUCAGAAUGAGGAGGUUGAGGAGGAGUUGUAA